CACUCCGUGGGUCCAAAAUUUCGAAACUAUAUCAGGCACACGCUUGACCCAAAAAGUAUCCAACGGCCGGCAUCACAGACGACGAGGGCACCGUGUCAAAUUAUUGCAAAUUCUAUACUCGGUCAGUAAGUACAAACCACGGUAUCCGACCGGCAGUCGUCCGACAAAACAUCCUGCUCCGUUUUACCGCGAAAGAUCAUCGAUUUGAAAAGUUUUUUCGUUUUUGAUUUCGUUUUUUUUUUAAUGAAAAAAGAUAUGAUUUUUUUGUUGAUGUGAUAUGUGGGGGAACGCAGGAAUAGUUUGAGUGAAAAAUAUACAGGAUGAACAAAUUCUUCUACCAGAUAAAAUGGUAUCCCAGAAACAAAGGGCCAGUACUUGUUUUGCUGCUUUCUUUAAUGGUCACUUCAAAUUUAUCCAAAGAAAAAUCAUUUUCUAGACAAAAACGUUUUCUUUGGAUAACAGAAGAUGGGAGGUUAGCUCUUCCGCCCGGUACGACUUUGGUAAUGACUCCAUCAUUGUCGCUGCCUUUCGUUAGGUACCCACCUGACGGAUUUUUCUCGAACAUGACCAUCAGUCUUCCAUUUACAAUUGAUUUCAACAAACUCGGACUAACAGAUAAUGAGAACCCCUAUGGAGUACUGCCACCUCUCUUGGCCAGAUCAAUGGGAAGGGCUGCAGGCAACCUUCUCGGGGACUAUAUCGGAAAAUUCAUGAAUCAUCGCAGAACGAAAAGAGGCUUGAAAGAAGACCCCCCAAAACUUCCCAGAGAGCAUCAGAAUGUCUUCCAUGGAGGAGAAAGGGCACUUUUGUAUUUUUUGGUUGAGGAUUUCUUGGAAAAUUUCGGGAUGAAUGGAAAGGCAUGUCUGCUGAGAGCUAUAUGUGAAGUUCAUGCUUAUCAGCUCGGUAAUUUGGGACUGCUGGGAGAGAUGCUGAAACUAUUUUUGACGGCCAGUAAGUCACCGUUCGCAGAAAUACUCUCAGAAUAUGUUGACGCAGAGAAUAAUGGCAAAGGAAAAUUUGGUGGUCCAUCAGAGUGUUGGCCAUACAUGAAAGAUUGUCCGAAAUCCUUGUUCGCUCCAUCUAGACACAAUCAUUACAGUGGAGCUGAGCAGGACAACAGUAUAAAAGAGACUGAUCUAGAGAAGAAUCAGAAGGUUACCUUCAACCCAUCGCUCAAAAAUAUGUAAUUUGCUCAAAUAAUUUGCUCAAAAAAGUCAUGAAACAGGUGUGAUUACUAAGUCAUAAAAGCAGGCAUAAAAUAAAGACAGUACUAAUUAUGUAUAUAGGUACCUACUUUAUGGUUUUCAUUUCCAUUAUUUUUGUACUAUGUAUUAUUAAGUAUUUAAUUGUCUAUUUGUACAUAUAAGCUGUAUAUAUUUUUCUAUUUUUACGCGUCACGAGCAUAUUUAUUGUAUGUUUAGUUUUAAGGAAAACCUCAAAAUAAAUCAUAUA